GCACUCGUCUCGCAUCACUAGCUACGAACACAUCCUUCGCAUUUAUAGAGCGCGCGCACGUAUUGCUUACAGUACAAGCUAGAGAGAGAUCUGCUAAGAGGCAGCAAGAUGGAAUACCAGGGGCAGCACGGCAACGCCGCCAACCGCGUGGACCAGCACGGCAACCCGGUCGCCGCACUUGGAGCCACCGCCGUGACGGGACCGCCCACCGGCGGGCAGCUGCAGCCGGGCAGGGAGGAGCACAAGACCCGCGGCAUACUCCACCGCCGGUCCAGCAGCUCCAGCUCCAGCUCGUCCGAGGACGAUGGCAUGGGUGGACGGAGGAAGAAGGGCAUCAAGGAGAAGAUCAAGGAGAAGCUUCCCGGGGCUCGGAAGCAGACUUACGGCCAGCCCGCUGCGCCCGCUGGCAUGACCGGCGCCGGGGCGACCGGCGGCCCUCACUACGUGCAGCCCGCUCCGGCUGGCACUGGAGUGCACGGGACAACGGCGACGACCGGCACUUACGUGCAGCCCGCUCCGGCAGGUACUGGAGCUCACGGGACCACGGCGACGACCGGCACUUACGGGCAGCCCGCUCCGGCUGGCAUGACCGGCACCGGGGCGCACGGGACCACGGCGACUGGUGAGAAGAAGGGCAUGAAGGACAAGAUCAUGGAGAAACUUCCGGGAGGUCACAAGAACGGGCAGCACACCAUGCCGUCCGCUGGCGCCUACGGGCAGCCCGGGAUGACUGCCGCCGGAAUGGAUGGGAACACCACUACCGGUGGCGGCUACGGUGGUCAGCCAGGGCACGCCGGGACUGGAACGCAUGGGCACGCGACGACCGGCGGUGCUUACGAUCAUCAAGGGCACCCCGGAAUGACCGGCACCGGAGCACACGGGACCACGGCAACCGGCGGUGCUUACAACCAGCAAGGUCACGCCGGGCUGGCCGGUACCGGCGAGAAGAAGGGUAUUAUGGACAAGAUCAAGGAAAAGCUGCCUGGCCAGCACUAGGCGCCAGUCAGCGUGUUUGUGAACAAUAAGUACGGAGUAUGACUGUAUGAGCGGAGGUGGAGCAAUAAGCCGAUAAGUGGUGCACGUUUGCGUGUAGCGUUGGAGUAGUUGGUAUCCUGCAGUACGUACCGUCCCCUAGUGUGGAUGACACCUUGGGUCGGGUACUGGGGUCCACACCGGAACGAUUGUACUGUAUUGUACUGCAAAAGAUUCCAACAGUUCUCAACACUA